CAUACAAGGGGCGUGUUUCACAGUUUUGUUUGACAUCUGCGCAUGCGCAGUGGCCUGACCGCGCAGUUCCUUUUGCUCCAGACGUUUGAAAGCUGGCACGACUAACGCGGCUGUGCGGGUAGCGGUGCCUCUCCAUCCCGUUCUUCGUGAAGUCUGUAAGUUUCAAGCAUGGAGCUGAAUGAUGCCAACCUGCAAACCCUCACAGAAUUCCUCAGGAAAACUCUGGACCCAGACCCUGCUGUGAGACGUCCAGCUGAAAAGUUUCUUGAGUCUGUGGAGGGAAACCAGAACUACCCCUUGUUACUACUCACUUUGCUGGAGAAGUCACAAGACAACGUGAUCCGUGUCUGUGCUGCUGUUACGUUCAAAAACUACAUCAAAAGAAAUUGGCGCAUUGUUGAAGAUGAACCAAACAAAAUUUCAGAUCCAGACCGGACAGCAAUCAAAGCAAACAUUGUAAAUUUGAUGCUUAGUAGCCCUGAACAGAUUCAGAAACAGUUGAGUGAUGCCAUCAGCAUCAUAGGGAGGGAGGACUUCCCUCAAAAAUGGCCUGACUUGUUAACCGAGAUGGUCACCCGCUUCAGAAGUGGAGAUUUCCACAUUAUCAAUGGAGUGCUUCGUACAGCUCAUUCUCUCUUUAAAAGGUACCGCCAUGAGUUCAAGUCAAAUGAGCUUUGGACAGAGAUAAAGCUAGUGCUGGAUACUUUUGCUCUACCUCUAACAGAGCUGUUCAAGGCGACAAUUGAGUUGUGUCAGACUCAUGCUGCAGAUGUGAAUGCCUUGAAGGUCCUCUUCUCUUCCCUCACACUCAUCUCCAAGCUUUUCUACAGUCUUAACUUUCAGGACCUUCCUGAGUUUUUUGAAGACAACAUGGAAACUUGGAUGACAAAUUUCCACGGCCUUUUGACUUUGGAUAAUAAACUUUUACAAACAGAUGAUGAGGAGGAAGCUGGUCUCAUAGAGCUGCUGAAGUCUCAGAUCUGUGACAAUGCUGCUCUAUAUGCCCAAAAGUAUGAUGAAGAAUUUCAGCCCUAUUUACCUCGCUUUGUGACUGCUAUCUGGAACCUCUUAGUAUCUACUGGCCAGGAAGUCAAAUAUGACCUGCUUGUAAGCAAUGCAAUCCAGUUCUUAGCUUCAGUCUGUGAAAGACCACACUACAAACAUCUUUUUGAAGAUCAGAAUACACUCACAAGCAUUUGUGAGAAGGUCAUUGUACCCAACAUGGAAUUUAGAAGUGCGGAUGAGGAGGCCUUCGAAGAUAACUCUGAGGAGUAUAUCCGCAGAGACCUAGAGGGAUCAGACAUUGACACUCGGCGUAGGGCAGCAUGUGACUUGGUGAGAGGCCUUUGUAAAUUUUUCGAGGGUCCAGUCACAGCGAUCUUCUCUGGCUAUGUGAAUUCAAUGCUGUCAGAAUAUGCAAAGAACCCUGGAGAAAACUGGAAACACAAAGAUGCUGCCAUCUAUCUGGUCACGUCGCUAGCAUCUAAAGCACAGACACAGAAGCAUGGAAUAACACAAGCUAAUGAGUUGGUGAAUUUGACUGAGUUCUUUGUGAACCACAUUCUUCCAGACCUAAAAUCCCCCAAUGUUAACGAGUUCCCAGUGCUGAAGGCAGAUGCCAUCAAGUAUGUGAUGAUCUUCAGAAGCCAGCUUCCUAAGGAGCAGCUGCUAGAGGCCGUUCCACUACUACUAACUCACCUGCAGGCAGAGAGCACAGUGGAGCACACUUAUGCUGCCCAUGCUUUGGAGAGGCUGUUCACAAUGAGAGGCCCCAACAACACCACUCUUAUUACACCUGCAGAGAUGGCACCUUUUACUGAACAGCUACUCAACAACUUGUUCAAGGCACUGGCUCUUCCUGGUUCUGCAGAAAAUGAAUACAUAAUGAAAGCCAUCAUGCGCAGCUUCUCUCUACUGCAAGAAGCCAUUGUCCCCUACGUUCCCACACUGAUUGGUCAGCUCACUCAUAAGCUCCUCUUAGUCAGCAAGAAUCCCAGCAAGCCUCACUUUAACCACUACCUGUUUGAGUCCUUGUGCUUGUCUGUGAGGAUCACCUGCAAGUCCAACCCUACUACUGUCACCAGUUUUGAGGAAGCCCUCUUCCCUGUUAUCACAGAGAUCCUUCAGAAUGAUGUCCAGGAGUUUCUUCCAUACGUGUUCCAAGUGAUGUCUCUUCUACUAGAGAUCCACGACAACUCUAUUCCCUCGACCUACAUGGCUUUGUUUCCUCACCUGCUGCAGCCCGUUCUUUGGGAACGAACCGGAAACAUCCCCCCUCUGGUGCGUCUGCUUCAGGCUUACCUGGAGAAGGGAGGAGCCGCCAUUGCCACCGCUGCUGCAGAUAAAAUACCGGGUUUGCUUGGAGUUUUCCAAAAGCUUAUUGCCUCUAAGGCCAAUGACCAUCAAGGCUUUUACCUUCUCAACAGCAUCAUAGAGCACAUGCCACCAGAAUCAAUCAUUCAGUACAGGAAGCAGAUCUUCAUUUUGCUUUUUCAGAGGCUACAAAGCUCUAAAACCACCAAGUUCAUCAAGAGUUUCCUGGUGUUUGUGAACCUUUAUUGUGUCAAAUAUGGAGCUAUUGCACUUCAGGAGGUUUUUGACUGCAUCCAGCCAAAAAUGUUUGGUAUGGUGUUGGAGAAAAUUGUCAUUCCAGAGGUUCAGAAAGUUUCUGGAGCAGUUGAGAAGAAGAUCUGUGCUGUUGGGAUUACAAAAAUUCUCACGGAGUGUCCUGCUAUGAUGGACACGGAGUACACGAAACUCUGGAUUCCACUGCUGCAGGCUCUCAUUGGUCUAUUUGAGUUGCCGGAAGAUGACAGCAUCCCAGAUGACGAGCACUUCAUUGAUAUUGAAGACACCCCAGGCUACCAGACAGCGUUCUCACAGCUGGCCUUCGCCGGAAAGAAGGAGCACGAUCCGAUCGGAGAUGCUGUGGGGAAUCCAAAGAUCCUGCUAGCACAAUCACUCCACAAGCUUUCUACCGCCUGUCCGGGAAGGGUUCCAUCAAUGUUGAGCACCAGUCUGAACGCAGAAGCCCUCCAGUUCUUGCAGGGCUACCUACAGGCAGCCACGGUGCAGCUGGUUUAAUCUAAGAGGUUGGCACUGACAUAAGGAGACCACCACACACUGCAGGAGCGCGGCCCCAGUGUCCCUGGGCUCAGACCACCUUCAGCUCAACUUGUCUUUACAGAUUUGGUUUGACUUCAGUUAAAUGAUAGAUUUAUCUGAGUUUCAGUGUGUUCUCUGACGGAUGGAUUUUAAGGGUUUUUAAAUACAUGACCAAAUGUUACCAUAACCGAAUAACUGUUUUGAGUUUGGGCCCUUUGCUCUGUGGCAGAGGCUAACAUAUGUUUGGAUAAACUUUGUCAGUUUAUUUCAACAGCUGCCGCCGGCGCAGACGUAAUUUUGAACGGUGUUGUGCUACAUCUGAUAUCAUAUGGGACGAAUCCCAUUGGCGCUUGUUCUGUAUGUUUGAAUUUACAGUUGUGGAGACUGUCGUUUGUGGCUCAAACAUAAUGCUUAACCUCUUUGUGUUGCAUGUUUCCUCUAGUCUAGUCUUAAGUCUUUGUUUCUGCACAGUUUAUUAAUGUGAAUAAAAAAGCACUUGUAUA